AUGAACUGGAAAGAUAAAAAAACACUUAGUGUUUAUGAUCUAUCGAAUGAAGAGAAUAAAAAUUCUGGUGAUAAAAAUAUUCUUAUAGAAACACAACAAUCUAAAACAUCAAAUAUUUAUUAUGAAAAAUCAUAUUGUUCAUUAUCUGAACAAGAAAAAUUAAUUGAAUUACGUACAAAACCUUCAAAAUGUCUUAAAUUUUCUGAAUCAUUUAAUAAAAUAAAUUUAAAAUUUUAUAAUGAUAAUUCAUUUCCAAUAAUAUUUAAAUUAAAAACAACUCAACCUGAUAUAAUAGCUUCACAACCAGCUCGUGGUUUUAUUCAAGCUAAUUCAUUUAUUGAAUGUGAUUUAACUUCUAUUAAAAUAAAUUAUAAAAUAUUACUUGUUGUACAAUAUGCACAAAUAUUAAAUCAAUAUGAUGAUUAUUUAACACAAUGGAAAAAUUUAAAAUCUAAUCAAAUUUAUAUUAAAAAAUUUCAAUGUAUUUUUGAAAAUAAAAAACAAAUUUAUACGAAAAAAACAUUAUUCAAACCAAUAUUAUUUACAUUUGCAACAAUAACUCUUCUAACAACUUUUAUUUAUUUAAGAAAUAAAUAA